AUGGUGAGAGAGGCAGCAAAGGAUAGGAUCAGUGAUUUACCAGAAUCUCUUCUUCAUCAUAUCCAUUCUUUCCUUGAUAUCAAGGAUGGUGCUCGUACUUGCGUAAUAUCUAAAAGAUGGAACUACAUUUGGACCACUGCCCCCAUUCUUGAUCUUGGAACUACAUUUCGUCGACGUCAUAAUUCGUCAACUAUAGACAAGUUCUGUAUCAGCUGGAGUCAGCUAGUGAGUGAAUCUGGGGUUCAUUCUUGGAUCUCUACGGUAUUGAGGGGUAAUGUAAAGGAGCUCGGCUUAGUCUUUUUCCCAGUAUACCCGUCAAACUGUGUUUUCAAAAUAGAUGCACCAGGGUUAGUCACUUUUUCCUAUGGGGGAUCCGUUGCAAAAGAGUUUGUCUUGUCCAACUUUCCAGUACUACUGAAAGCUGCUGUUAACUUCACUUUUGAAGAAACUGGUAGUGCAGAAGAAAUAAGCCGGUUACUUCAUGCCCUUGAAGGGCUGAUUGCUUUGCUCAAAGCAGUACCUAAUCUGGAGUCACUCAUAAUUAAAGAGAAUAUGAAAGAUAAAACAGAAUUAUUUAGUGACGAGGAAGAUGAGAACGACACUGCAGGUGACGUGGAUGUUGAUACUGCUGGGUAUCACGAGUCAAAUUCUAUUGACAAUGAACCAGUAUGGCACGAUUCCUAG